CCACACCAUUUCAACUACCCUUCCACAGCUCAAAUUCAAGUUCAAGCUCCAAGCCUUCAGGUUGUCAACUCCGAAAGCGAUCCGUCACAAUCUCGGCCGAUGAAAUAGAGGAAGUUGAUGGGUUCGGGGGGCAUAUUUCUCUCUCGGUGCAUUCAAAUUGUUAUUUUCACAAUUCUUGCAUGAUUACUUGGAAUGGCUUGGACUUUUCUGUCGAAUGCCGGGUGUCACUAGACAUUCUUAAGACGGAUUGGACUCUACCACGAUGGGCUGACCGACUCGUGCAUGACCGGGAUGCCAGGCCAAGCUUAUUGCGCACGCUAUCUUUCUAACCUAAGAGACAAUGGACGGCAUAUGUCAUCCAACCCUUACGCGCAGGCCCACAGUACGCUUGUCAGGGGCGGCAGCAACAACACAGCGUACCCGCUACACGCAGCCAUCACCGUUUGCACUUCGCACUUUCCGUCUAUGACGAUGUUACUGCGAACCGUGCUGACCAUGCCCAUGUCACUUGACUUAGUUCAAGAGUGACGACCUAGUACAUGACGAAAGAUGAUGAGGGCUUGCGCGCUGGUCAAUGAGCACAAGAUAGGCGUACUCCUGUGAGUACGUCAGCGGUGCUGGAACGAGUUCCGAAACAAAAGAUGGUCCAUGAUGGUCCACAGGAGGCGGGGAUCGUAGAAAUGACCCAACAAGUAAGAUACUACUACUAGUAGCAGGCGUGCAGUACAAGGAUCGACUCAAACACAUCACAUUCAACUCAAACACAUCACGCUCGGGUUGUUCCUCAACCUCACCGACGUCUGCGGGCCAGGGACGGUCUCGCGCUCGAUUAAUCUGCGUCUAUUUAUACGGCCUCCUCUAGAAAUGGCAUUCUUCACGCGACCACAAUCGGCCAAUGCCGCGGUCAAAAUCGUCCGCCCUUCAGCUACCGAAGAGGGCGAGAUAGUGCAGACCAAGGCAGCAUCACCACGCAAAGAUUCAGUGCAGAGGCAAUGCCGGAAUAUCAUGAUAUACGGAUCGUGUAAAUUUGAGGACAAAGGAUGUGUGUACUAUCAUCCGCCGGGGCCGGACGCUGUUGCAAUCGCUCCGCGAGCAGAAUCGCCGGCAAAGCAAAUCAUCACUACGUCUCUUUCUGCCCAGGCUGUCAACGCUCCCGUCUUUGUCCCCAAAUUCCCUGGCCGAAUUCAAACCGACACACCUCCACCUGCUAGCCCGCCGGUGGCAUCGCCCGAGUCCGCUUCGGACGAUCCAGGCGUGGUAUACGAAUACCCCGCACCCACUGCAGUUGGGGGCACCCAAAUGCAGGAUAUCUCAUCUAGCGAGUAUUAUCCUGAUCCUGGUUACGACUCGUACGAAUCUGUGGGCGACCAUUCGUAUUACGUGCAACCCCCUGUCUUUGUGCGACAACCAUUAAAUUACCACCUGUAUUCAAGCGCAAUCCCCCCUGGAUUCUUAAGGACACCUUCCGACACUCAUUUCGUUCCUUCUUCUACCGAGCUACGCACAUUGCUCCAGCGACGCAGUGAAGAUGUCCACAUGGGCUUGCCUCCCGGACUCAACUUACCGGACGAGAUGCAAGGAUACCAUUCGCUCGUGCCACUCGAGAAUCUAAACGGGGAACGGCGCAAGUUUGGAAACUGGAGCUCAGCCGUUUAUCGAGCUGUAAACUCGGUUGACGGCUGCACCUAUGCACUGCGCCGAAUUGAGAACUUUCGCCUUGGCAACCCAGCUGCCUUCAGUACCAUCGAGACCUGGUCAUCCAUACGACAUCCGGGAGUUGUGGCCAUCCAUGAAGCGUUCACAACACACGCUUUCGGUGACAGUUCGCUCGUGGUCUCCUAUGCCUACCAUCCCAAAGCACAGACCCUGUUUGACCGGCAUCUUAAGCUGACCCCCCCGGCGUACCAACCCGGCACUCAAUUUCAGCCGCCGCCAGUGCAAUCGCAGGUCCCAGAACGAACUCUGUGGUCGUACAUAGUCCAACUCGCCAGUGCGAUCAAACGUGUGCAUGACAUGGGUCAGGCUCUCAGGAUGAUCGACGUCACCAAGGUUUUGGUCACAGGCAAUAAUCGGAUCCGGGUCAGCUCUUGCGGGAUCGUGGACGUACUGAUGUACGACACACCGCAAGACAUCCAGCUUCUCCAACAGGAGGAUUUGAUCAUGUUUGGGCGCCUAGUCUUCGUUCUUUGUACUGGAAACGUGGUGGCUUCAAGUGGCAGCAAUUUCCAGAAGAGCCUGGAAGUGAUGGGCAGGAUGUACAGUCCCGAAGUCAAGGCGGUGGCGCUCUUUCUCAUCAACAAGAACAGCUCUCACAAGAGCAUUUCCCAGCUGCUGGAAAUCAUCAGUUCCAGAGUUGCGGCUGAAUUGGGUGAUGCUCUUUCCGCAACAGAUGUUCUCGAGAACGAGCUCAUGGGUGAACUGGAGAAUGCUCGCCUCGUCCGUCUGCUGUGCAAAUUUGGUUUCAUCAAUGAGCGGCCUGAAUUUGCGUUGGAUCCCAGAUGGUCUGAAACAGGAGACCGGUACAUCAUCAAGCUCUUUCGGGACUUUGUUUUCCAUCAAGUCGACGAAAACGGCAAUCCGGCGGUCAAUCUGGGGCAUGUACUGACAUAUCUCAACAAGCUCGAUGCCGGCUCAGAGGAGAGAAUCAUGCUGAUUGCUCGGGAUGAGCAGAGUUGCUUGGUCGUCAGCUAUAAGGAAAUCCUCUCCUGUGUAGAGGCUGCUUUCAAGGAUCUCGCGCGCGCGGGACAUAGCAUUAAUGUUGGCGGAGGGUAUCGAUGAAGAUGGGUGGAUAAAAUAGCAAUCUAGAAAAAGACUCGAAAAUCACAACAAACAAAUGUCUGCGACUCAUGCACAUGUCUCUCACAGAGCUCGUACCUGAAAACUCGAAACCUGUUGCCACCAGGUGGGUCGUGUCAGUACAUUUUAAUCUCCGCCUCCGCGUGUACACGCUACUAUGACUAUUAUGCGUCUGUCGGAUUAACAAUGGUUGUUAAUGGUCUG